AUGGAAAUGGAUAUCGAUCAAGCUCCACCGGAAUUAAUAUCCAUGAACACGCCAAUUAAAAAGAUUAAAAAUCUUCGAUUGGACUCAUCACCAAUAUAUCCCAACAUAAAUGAAUUUAUAUCAACAACUGCAACAACAUCAGGGACAACAACAACAACCAACAAUUCUUCUAAUUAUUCACAACAACAUGGCUUCCAUGAAUGUCCAGGGUCACCAACAACCAAUUCAAUGUUAAACAAAGGUUAUUCUCAACGAUUGACAAGUACAGUAUUGGAAGAAUUAAAUUCACGAGCUAAUGAGAUUUGUAACAAUAUUUUAUCCCCUCCAGAUUCAUCUGUGUCAUUAUCAUCUAGAAAUCCAAGACGUCAAAAUAAUGGUGGUGGUGAUAGUAGAAGAAGUAAGAGAUAUAGCGGGAUACAUUUUACGAGAUUCAAACAGAUGGAAUCUAUAACAAACCAUUAUUCAGUUAAUAAUGAACCAAGCGCUGUCACUAGAGAAGUACGCACCCCUUCACCUCAAAAGGGUACUGAACAAGAUGGAUCAAUAACGAAAAGAAGAAGAACUUUGAAUGGGAAUGAUGAAAUUGUGGCAAUUCCAACAAUGUCAAAACCGACAGAGGAUCCAAGUAUAUUCAGAAAGAUAUCUCCAUCUAAAGGUUCGGUCAAUUUGAAUUCAAUGUUGAAUGAUAGAAGACAAACUACUGACACUGGGUCACCUAAUAAGGGUAAUAAUUUGAAUCAUAUAAUGCCUAGUUUAAAAUCAAGACAAAGUUCACUUGAAUUGGCUGGGAUAAAACAACCAUUAGUACCAGGGUCUAGUAUUCAACGAAAAUCAUCAAUACCUUGUUUACAACAGCCACAACAAUCACAAUCAUUAGUAAAGAAAUCAUCUAUGAGUCAAUUACCCAAGCCAUCUAUACCUACAUUACAGAAAAAGCCAUCAAUAUCAACGCUACAAAAGAAUCCUUCUUCAUCUAUUCAAGGUCUACAGAAGAAACCUUCAAUACCACAAUUACAAAGAAAAUCAUCUAUACCUCAAUUACAAAAGAAACCGUCAAUUCCAUCUCUUAAUAGGAAAUCUUCAAUCCCUCAAUUGCAACAACAUCACCAAAGUCAAUCACAGCAACCACAACAACACACAACAUUUCCGCCAACUCCCACUAUCACCACUUCGAUGCCUCCACCAAUGGGACCUCCAUUACAUAAACUACAGAAGAAUGUACCCAAUUUGUCCAAAAUGAGUCCUUCUAAAUCAUUAUCGAUAAGUCCAUCAAAUUCUUCGAAAACAUUACAUAUAAGUCCAUCAAAUUCUUCCAAAACCUUACAUAUAAGUCCAUCACAUUCAUCAAAAUCAUUAAAUUUGAGUCCAUCACAUUCUUCAAGGUCAAUAAACAUAAGUCCAUCAAAUUCUACGAAAUCUCUCAAUUCUAGAAUCCUACAGAAUAAAACAAAUACUCAUCAGUGUGGUGGUGGUGGUGGUGGUGGGGUUGUUAUGCCUAAAUCAAAAUCAAUAACUAUCCCCCAACCAUUUUCUUUAUAUUCAAAACCUACAAUAUCAUCUUCACAAAAAUCAAUUGAUAAAUUUCAACGAUUUAAAGAACGAUUUAAUUAA